UAUACCUAAUUAUUCUUCAAGGCAUUCUUUCAAGUCUGUCUCCACAUUUCCCAUGGAUUUCGAACCUCCAUUCCAAGGAGCCUGCAAGUCCCUCUUACAAAAUUCCCCAAUAAUUGACAAAUUUCCAGAGGUUGAGGAAUGCGAGCUACCUGUGAUUGAUCUUAUCGAUCUGGAUUCUAAUCACAGAAACAGAGACAAGUGUAUGAACGAGAUUGCUGAAGCUGCAAGCCAGUAUGGUUUCUUUCAAGUUGUGAAUCAUGGGAUUUCACCAGAAGUUCUGAACAGCAUACGAGAUGAGCAAAAGAAGGUGUUUCAUCAGCCUUUUGACAAAAAGAUAGAACAAAGAUUUUUGAAUUUAUCUCCCAUUAGUUACCGUUGGGGGAAUCCAAAUGCUACUUGUCUCCGGCAGUUCUCAUGGUCGGAAGCCAUUCAUAUUUCUAUGGCGGACAUUCCAAGCAUGAAUGAACAACACAAGAGUCUUAGGUCGAUUAUUGAAUCAUUUGUGAAGAAUGUGUCUCAAUUAGCUGAAAGCUUAGCUGAAAUUUUAGCCCAGCCUUUGGGUGUCGAAUCCAGUUACUUUAAAGAUCACUGUCCACCAAGAACUAGUUUUCUUCGACUAAACAGAUAUGCUCCCUGUCCAUUUUCUUCCCAAGUCUUCGGCCUCUUCGCUCACACCGAUAGUGCUUUCCUAACAAUAGUUCACCAAGACCAAGUUGGUGGUUUGGAAUUGUUCAUAGAUGGAAGAUGGAUUGGAGUAAAACCUAAUCCUGAGGCUCUGGUUGUCAACAUUGGGGAUUUUUUUGAGGCCCUGAGCAAUGGUGUUUACAAGAGCAUCAAACACAGGGUGAUCACCAAUCACAAAGUUGAGAGGUUUUCUGUGGCAUACUUCUACUGCCCCUCCUUCGAUACCGUGAUUCAGAGUCGCAGUACUACUGAACCAGCUGUGUUUAAGAGCUUCACUUUGCGGGAAUAUAAACAACAAACUGAAAGGGAUGUUCGCGAACUAGGGGAGAAAGUAGGGCUCCCCAGAUUUCUCCAUUAA